ACGAAUAGAGUUUACACACAUAAUCAAGUUGAUUUGCCAAUCUCCUUCCUACUCACUGGAAACCCUGGUGGAGUAGUUGUCAAGCGCUAAGGCAGCUAACCAAAAGGUCAGCCAUUCGAAUCCGCCAGGAGCUCCUUGGAAACCCUACAGGGCAAUUCUACGCUGUCCUAUAGGGUCAUUAUGAGUAGGAAUCCACUUGAAAGCAACGGGUUUUGGUUUGGGUUUUGUCCUACUCCAAGCCAAGAAUAACUGAAAUUAAAAAAAAAAAAAGGAAUGAGAAGUGAAGGUAUGACUCUAAAUAGAUCAAACACGACUAUGUCAUGUUUUAUUGGUGACAUUAGAGUUGAAAAAUAUAGUGAUACAUUUAUAGGUGCAGUUUAUUUUUGUGUUAAUACUUAUUUAUUUCUGAUUUAUUUCCCAUGUAGCAUAAAGUUGACCAUUUCACAUCACAUGAAUGUAUCAGACUCAGACAUUAUACCCAGAAUCAUAGAAAGAGCGUCUUCAAUACCUCGUGAAGAUCUCAAGCUAUAUUUAAUGUAUUUAAACAUUAAAUAAUACUGAUUGACAACAUUUUUCUCUCUUUCACCUGCUUGCCUUCUCCCGUUCUUUUCUUCUUUUUCUCAUCUUUCUCCUGCCCCUCCUUCUCCUCCUUGUUCUUCUGUCUCUCUCUGUCUCUUGUUUUUGCUGUACUUAAUGAUGAAUUUUUCAGCUGUCUCAACGUUUGUUCUACUUGGAUUCGGAGGGGGUCCAGGGAUGCAGGCAAUACUAUUUCUUAUCUUUUUGAUCUUGUAUGUCUUAUCUGUGGUUGGGAACUUUGGCAUGAUCGUAAUUAUCAAGAUGUACUCCCACCUCCACACCCCGAUGUAUAUCUUCCUCCAAAGCCUUUCCUUGUUGGACAUCUGCUAUUCUUCCACAAUUGCACCUCGGGCUCUGGUGAACUUCUUGCAGAAAGACCACACAGUUUCCUUUGGUGGGUGUGCAGCUCAGUUUUUCUUCUUGUCUCUUUUUGGAACCACAGAAACCUUCCUCCUGGCUGCUAUGGCCUAUGACCGCUACAUCGCCAUCUGUAACCCUCUGCUAUACUCUGUGAGUAUGUCUCACAAAGUCUGUGUACUCUUAGUGGCAGGGUCCUACUUGUGGGGUGUGGUGAAUGCUGUCACUCAAACAACGAUGACUUUCACCUUGCCCUUUUGUGGGUCCAAUGAGAUCAAUGACUUUUUCUGUGAUGUACCUCCACUCUUGUCCCUCUCAUGCUCAGAUACAUUUAUAAACCAAUUGAUUCUUCUUGGUUUAUGUGGCUCCAUUAUUGUCAGUACAUCCCUGAUUGUAUUGGUCUCAUACAUCUGCAUCGUAUCAGCAAUUCUGAGGAUCCGUACUGUGCAGGGACGCCAAAAAGCUUUCUCCACCUGUGCCUCCCACCUGACUGGGGUUUGCUUGUUUUAUGGUACUAUUUUCUUCAUGUAUGCACAACCCAGUGCCAUCCAUGCCAUGGAGCAGAGUAAAGUAGUGUCCAUCUUUUACACUAUAGUCAUCCCCAUGUUGAACCCCCUGAUAUACAGCCUGAGGAACAAAGAUGUCAAACAAGCUCUGAGGAGCAGCAGGCAGAAGCUCUCUUUGUGAUUACUGUGGCUGUGAAUCUCAUAAACUGUCCUGUACUUCUCUGGAAAUCACUGCUACUAAAUGGAUUAUGUUUUUCAAAUCUGGCAUUCAUGAG